GAGGCGAUCACGUUCUACAAUGCCAACUUGCCAUCUUUGCCACCAAUUCUCAUGAGACGUUCAACUACUGCUACCCGGAACAGACGCAAGAAGUAGCUUUCACGGCUGGAAGUGUUGCCCCACAACCUUCUACCACUCCUCCGCAUCCAGAUGCUUUAGUCCAAGAGAUUGCUGACGGAAAGUUGUUGGUUCAUCCUUCCAAAGCCCAAAUCACUGUUCGCCGCAUCCAAAUGCAGAUUUGUAACAUUCAGCGUGGAUUGCGGCUGUUGAUUGGGGCAGAAGGACAGUGGAGCAAUGAAGCAGAUGAAAGGCUCAAGUCAUGGUUCUUGCGUGCAGAAAGGAAGAAGAAUCGCACCGACACACCUUCGCCUAGUCCUAGUGCCUUGGAAGAUGCUUCUUCUUCCAGGCGCCUUGCCUUGGAAGAUCCUUCUUCUUCUACACCCCUUGCCUUGGAAAAUGUCAAGCCUGAGAAUUCUUCUGUGGAGAACCAUGCUACCAAUGCCUUGGACGAUGACAACCCUACAGCCAUCAUUUGUGAGGAUUCCUAUGUGGACAACCAUGGUGCCAAUGUCUUGGACGAUGACAAGCCUGCUGUUGAGUCUCCUACCGGUGAGGUUGAAGCUGAUGUCUUGGACGAUGCCAAGCCUGCUGUUGAGUCUCCUACCGGUGAGGUUGAAGCUGCGGAGGAUCACCAUAGUUCCAAUGGCGCUGAUUCAAGCGAUGCGUCGUCAACAUCUUCCUCUUCGUCAUCGGCUACCAGACUUCGUGCAACGAUUCAGCGCUCAGUGUCUGCUCUCCAGGAGAUCCAUGACAUUGUUAGUGACAGUUGCCCAGAUUGUGCAGAUGCCCUGUUGCAAAUCCAAGAUUCACUAGCACAGGCCUUGAAAUGUGCAGUGAGCAACGCGGUGUGCCGCGGGACGUGCCUCGUGUCGUUGACUCCGCCAUGCUCUGGGGAGGAAAAAAAACGGACCUCGACAGUGCUCUCAAAAUUGACCAGUUUCAUGAUGAACAAUGAGAACACCAUGGGAUUGGUGAGGGAAAACUAUGCGUGUCAAAUCUCUACCACGCUGCAAUGUUCAUCCUUGGCAUCUGUUAUGUCUGUGACAACCGAGCCGCAACAUGACUUCGACGUCAUCCCCAAGAAGAAGUUGCAAGGCACCUCCAAGAUCAAGGCUGCUAUCGAGAUUCUGAAGUUUACUCCAGUCAAUGGUCUGGAAUUGGAUGCCAUGGUUGCCAUCAUCGCCCAGAAAAAAUAUGAGCAACUUCCUGGUCCUCUUGCCCUCAAGAAUGAAAUCCCCAUACCCUUCACUAUGCAAAUGGUCUUUCGCAAGAUCAAUGCUCGGGAAUUCCAAGUUCUUCGACAUUUCAACUUUGAACAAAAAUUAGAUUCUCGUUUGCUGAUGUCUGCUGUGUCUGGCGAGCUUUACCUCCUCGACUAUGGCAAGAAUUUCAGAAGUGGAGCAUUGGGAUUUCAAUUCCUCUUGGAAAAGCUCGGUGACUUUGCCAUUCUGGCCUUUGAGUUUGUGCCCAAGAAGACCGGGAAACCACCCAAAGCAAAGACUGCAUUAGAACUAGGUUUUGACCACAUCAAAAAGAAUGGCCCUAGAAGCAACAUGGGAAAUAGACAAACUGAAUGGGCAGAAAUUGAAAUUCACAGAGAAGAAAGCCCAAUUUUUGGAUGGACUGCUGGACUCGUGAAGGAAAGUCUCCGCGGCUACGCCAAUUCCAACAUCUUUGUCGAGCCCACCUACAACUACUUCUUGACUAUGUAUGACCUCAGUAGUUGGUUUCUAGAAGACGUAGUUUUCCCACUACUCCCAGACAUGAAAACCAAGACUUUCGUCAUGCUUGGAAAGGCUGGAGCAGGAAAAACUCCUGCUGCUCAAGCCAUUGCAAUGGCAUUCGCUGAGUAUUGGAUCUUGCGGGCUAAUCAGGAGCAUGAACUUCGUCCUUGCUUUCGUCUUUCCAACAGCCUCGAAAACCUACGUGGUGAACCUGGACUUCGAGAAAGGCCCGACAUUCUGGAUGACUCCGAUAUGAGCAACAUUCCACUUCCGAAAAUCAAGGCCUUCUUGGACAGCUCCCUGUCUGAAACCUUCACAGUUGAGAGGUGGACCACUACCAAAUUUGUUCUCAACCAACUUCGCAUCAUCUGUGACAACAGGGUACAUGCCGAAGCUGAGGAAGGCAUCAAGAUUGGCCAGGACACAAUUCCCUUCCAUGUCUUUGUUGACUACAUCAAGCCAGCUUUCCAUGAAAAGGCACAGAAGGAAGAUAUCCAAGCUUGUCGGAAGAGAGCUCAUUUCGUCGUCAACAUGAACGAGGCCGUCUACGUUCGCCCAGCGGGAGCUGGGGAAUCUCCAAUUCGCCUCGUGCGCUACCCGGAGACUCAAAACAGGUCUGUGAUCCGGGAUUUCAUUGCUGAGUCUGGAAAGCCAAUCAUUGCCAAGAUGUUGGAGGGUUGUGCUGAGCCUCCAGCAGAUUGGUUGACAAAGCGCCAGUGGUGCCACGACCUCUUGACGCACAUGAUUGAAAGCAACAACCCUGAAAUCCCACGCAUCCAGGUCAUUCGUCGGCAAUCUCCUUUUGGAGGACCUCUCGUCACAGAAGAAGUGAAGCCUGUUCUUCCCAGCUCUGGCCGGACUUGUGUUCUUCUCUCUGUUGAAAAUCAUGCAGAUGAUGGUCAAAAAGCUCAAGCAAAUCAUGCAGGUGAUGGUCAAGAAGCUCCAGAACUUCCAAGCGGUGCCCAGCUUGUCUCUCUUGCGUCUGCUGUUCGUGUCAAAGAAGAACCGAAAUCACCAGACCGCUCUACAUUUCGUGCUUUGAAAAAGCAGCGCACUGUCAUUGAACUGGAUACCCCUUCUCCAGCAAAACCACGUCCCGCUACCGUUCUUGAUGACAAUGGCUUCCCUCCACCUGGUCAUGGCGAAGAUAUAGAGGAAGAUCUUCCUGACCUAGAAGUUGAUGGUGAACCUCUGUAUGAAGCUUUCCCAGAUCCACAUCUUGAUGACGAUGUCGUAGAAGAGGCGCUCCCCGACCCUGAGUGA